GCUGUUAAUAAGAUGAUGGAGAGGUGCAGCGUUCACAAGGGUGGCCGAUUACGUGUGAGAAGACGUUUAUUCUUCUCGUCGUUCUCGUUAUAGUCGCCGUUGCAAUUACGCUUCGGCGUGCAAAUGCCGAUGUUAAUUGGCGAUGUCUGGAGCCUUCGGUGAAAGUGGGUUAUCGGGGGGGGGGGGGGGAGUCGGUACAGUAUAUGUCAACACUGGCAGUGGUGAUGAUGAUUAGUUGCUCAUUGUCGUUGUUUGCGAGCGUUUAGUCGGUCGCAUUUCCUCGGUUACGUUGAACUUUGCAAUGGUCGGCGAUGAGUGGUUGUUAGCAGUGGACCGGAGCUGAUGGAAGAUAACCGCGAGGUUGCGUCCAUCCACGUGUGCGGGUGUCUGUACUGUGCCGCCACCACACUGUACAGUAUUGAUCUAAAACAAGAAUAACCGCAUAGCAUUGUCGAUUUCUAGUUAUUAAACAUCGAUCUUCGGCAACGGCGUUAUUAAUGAGUGAACAAUUGAAAACCAAUCUCAGGUACUCGAGCCACAACUGUCAUGCGAGUGCACGAUAGGCUCUGAUGUUCGGGCCUCCCUUCUACGCCUCACUGCAGUUGCUGCAAGUUUGUGCAUUUGUGUUUACGUAUGCGUGUGCCUGCAUGCGUUUUCAUGCAGGCGUCUGCGGGCGUGUGUAUAUCUAUCCGUGGUGUGCUUGUAUGUGCCCAUUAUUGUGAUGGAAGGUCUGUUUACGCUUGUGCAUUGGCUUAUAUCCAUGGUUGUGCCCGUGCGCAUGUGAACGCUCGUGUGUAUAACAUACAUGUGUUUGCGUAUGCGGGUAUCUGUACCUUAGCAGUUGCAAGGUUAAAACUAUGGCCUUUGGUUUUGUACGCGACUGCCUGCGUGGAUGUCAGUGAGACCCCGGUCAGUAGCAGCAUCUGCAGAUUCAUAUCAAUUCGACUCGAGAAUAAGGGGGUGGGUGGGGGGGGAAGAAGGUUGUUUUGCAAUUGUACAACAUGAGGCUGAUACAACUUGAGCAGACAGCGGGCUGCUGUGCAACCAGGGGCCCCCAACGUUAACCACCGUCUGCAUCACUGAUCCAUGCUUUAGCGGUCAGUAAGCAGUGCUCACGCAAGUGUUUACGGUGCAACGAGUUAACGAGUCUCGGUCAGGUCGGCAACGUUCGGCCGUGACCGGAAUCCCAGCUCCGUCCUUACAUGUGCUUUUGGCUGCAAUGGCGCAUCCGAGCCUAGCACAGCUGGAGCUGCUGUGCAAGCAGCUAUACGAGACGACGGACACAUCCCAGCGUGUGCAGGCCGAGAAAGCCUUGGUGGACCUCACCAACAGCCCCGAAUGUCUCAGCCAGUGCCAGCUGCUGCUGGAGAGAGGGAGUUCUUCAUAUGCCCAGUUACUCGCAGCUACAUGUCUCUCCAAGCUGAUCUCGCGGACAAACAAUCCCCUUCCCCUGGAACAGAGAGUCGACAUUCGAAACUACGUGCUGUCAUACCUGGCGUCGCGGCCCAAGCUUGUCUCCUUCGUGACGCAGGCGCUCAUCCAGCUGUACGCACGUAUCACUAAGCUCGGCUGGUUCGACUGCGACAAGGACGAGUUCGUUGUGCGAAACGUCAUCACCGACGUCACCAAAUUCCUGCAGGGUAGUGUAGAACACUGCAUGAUUGGAGCGAUGAUCCUUUCGGAACUGGUCAGCGAGAUGAAUCAAGCGGACACAACGCGACCAAUAACGAAACAUCGUAAAAUUGCAUCUUCGUUUCGAGACGUUUCGUUGUAUGAAAUUUUCACCCUCUCCUGCACACUGCUCAGAGAGGCAUCGGGCAAGAACCUGGAUCUGAGCGACGAGCGGCAGCAUGGGCUGCUGCUGCAUCUCCUUAAACUCACCUACAACUGCCUCAACUUCGACUUUAUCGGAGCCUCCAGUGACGAGUCCUUCGAAGACCUGUGCACAGUGCAGAUCCCCACCAGCUGGAGAUCAGCCUUCCUGGAUGUGGCCACUCUCCAGCUCUUUUUCGAUCUGUACUGCUCCCUGCCUCCCACACUGUCACCACUGGUGCUGUCCUGCCUGGUGCAAGUGGCAUCGGUACGGCGGUCGCUCUUCAACAAUACGGAGAGGGCCAAGUUCUUGUCACAUCUGGUGGACGGUGUCAAGCGAAUCCUCGAGAGCCCACAGAGCCUUUCCGAUCCAAACAACUACCACGAGUUUUGUCGGCUGCUGGCCAGGCUAAAGAGCAACUACCAGCUGGGCGAGCUGGUGAGAGUGGAGAGCUACCCUGAUGUAAUCCGCCUGAUCGCGAACUUUACCGUUACAAGCCUGCAGCACUGGGCGUUUGCACCAAACAGCGUGCACUACCUGCUGAGCCUGUGGCAACGGCUGGCGGCGUCGGUGCCCUAUGUGAAGGCUACGGAGCCACACAUGCUGGAGACGUAUACGCCAGAGGUCACCAAGGCGUACAUCACGUCACGCCUCGAGUCGGUGCACGUCAUCCUAAGGGAUGGGCUGGAGGACCCGCUGGAUGACACGGGGCUGAUCAUGCAGCAGCUGGAGCAGCUGAGCACUAUCGGGCGCUGCGAGUACGAGAAGACCUGUGCGCUGCUGGUGCAGCUCUUCGAUCAGUCAGCGCAAGCCUACCAGGAGACGCUUCGCUCCUCCCCUGGCCAGCCCAUGGAAAUCGCCGUUCAAGAAGGCCGCCUGACGUGGCUGGUGUACAUGAUUGGAGCGGUGAUCGGGGGGCGGGUGUCUUUCGCCAGCACGGACGAGCAUGAUGCCAUGGAUGGAGAGCUUAUUUGUCGGGUGCUGCAGCUCAUGAACCUCACGGACUCACGGCUGGCACAGGCUGGCAACGAGAAACUCGAACUAGCCAUCCUCAGUUGCUUCGAGCACUUCCGCAAGAUUUACAUUGGCGACCAGGUCCAGAAGUACUCCAAGGUUUACAAAAGGCUCUCGGAGGUUCUUGGGCUAAACGAUGAGACGAUGGUGUUGAGUGUCUUCAUCGGUAAAAUUAUCACGAACUUGAAGUACUGGGGCCGGAGCGAGCCCAUCCUCUCCAGGACCCUCAACCUCCUCAACGACCUCUCUGUCGGCUACAGCAGCGUGCGGAAACUGGUCAAGCUCACCGCUGUACAAUUCAUGCUGAAAAACCACACGAGCGAACACUUCCCUUUCUUGGGUAUCAACAGCCAAUCAAGCUUGAGCGACAUGCGUUGCCGUACCACCUUCUACACUGCACUGGGACGGUUGCUCAUAGUCGAUCUGGGCGAGGACGAAGACCAGUUUGAACAAUUCAUCCUCCCGCUGACGGCAGCAUUCGAAGUCGUGGUACGAAUGUUCAACUCCAGCAACUUCAACCAGGAAGAGGCCAAGAGAACACUCGUUGGCCUCGCGCGGGACUUAAGAGGAAUAGCGUUCGCUUUCAACAGCAAGACCAGCUACAUGAUGCUGUUUGACUGGCUUUACCCGACGUACAUGCCCGUUUUCCUGCGAGCCAUUGAGCUCUGGUACCUGGAGCCGGCCUGCACGACCCCCAUCCUCAAGUUAGUCGCCGAGCUUGUGCAGAACAGGUCCCAGAGGUUACAGUUUGAUGUGAUCUCGCCCAACGGCAUCUUGCUCUUCAGGGAGGCCAGCAAAAUGAUCACCACGUACGGCAACCUGAUUCUGUCUCUGGGCGAGAUUCCCAAGGACCAGCUCUACCCGCUCAAGCUCAAGGGGAUCUCCAUCUGCUUCUCGAUCCUGAAAGCGGCGCUGUGCGGCAACUAUGUAAACUUCGGCGUCUUCCGCCUGUACGGCGACAGCGCCCUGGACAACGCCCUGCAGACGGCGGUCAAGCUUCUCCUCACCAUCCCGCACGCCGACCUGCUGAACUACCCGAAGCUGAGCCAGUCGUAUUACUCCCCGCUGCUGGAGUGCCUCACGCAGGACCACAUGAAUUUCCUGGUCGGCCUGGAGCCCUCGGUGCUGCUCUACAUCCUCACCUCCGUCUCCGAGGGCCUCUCUGCGCUGGACACCAUGGUGUGCACCAGCUGCUGCGCAAGCCUCGACCACAUGGUCACGUACCUCUUCAAGCAGCUCUCCCGCAACGGCAAGAAGCGGCCCGCGUCCGCCGUGCCGCAGGAUCGCGACCGCCUCCUCCACAUCCUGCAGCAGCGGCCGGACAUCAUGCAGCAGGACCGCGCGUCUGCUUUUUCCACGUCGCAGAUGCUCUCCACGGUGCUGAACAUCAUCAUGUUCGAGGACUGCAGGAACCAAUGGUCCAUGUCCCGCCCGCUACUCGGCCUCAUUCUCCUCAAUGAGAAGUAUUUUACGGAGCUGCGUAACAACAUUGUGAGCAGCCAGGCCCCGGAGAAGCAACAGGCCAUGCACCUGUGCUUUGAGAACCUCAUGGAGGCCAUCGAGCGAAACCUGCUCACCAAGAACCGUGACAGGUUCACGCAGAACCUGGCCAUCUUCAGGAGAGAUGUCAACGACUCACUCAAAUCUAUGUCACCGUUUGCAGCCAACAGUGUGGACAUGAUGAGCUGAGGUCAUCUGCCCACAAGGGUGACUGUCUGUCACGGGUUUUGGGUUGGGGAGGGGGGGGCGGACGUGG